ACUCAGGCUGCCUUUGGCCAUUCACAGGGCAACACAUGAAACGUUUCCCGAGCCUGGCUGCUUUAUGACGUUUCACUCUGGGAGCUCUUUACAAAGAGGCAAGGGAUGCUUAGGUUAUGCGAGUUGGCUAAAGAGAGUUUAAUUGACAAGAAAUAAAGGUAACAUUAAGAUCUGAAACCUGAGGGGAAAGGAAAUGCUGAACUUUAGAUUUUGAAUUUUGCUUUUACAACGAGACGGUUCACAAUGUCUGGAACUAAACGUUAAUUCGUGCUGUCAGUAAACAAGUGGGGACCACAAUCAGACCAUGGGUGAAAAUGAUAAUGACAAAACCAGCCAAGCUGGACAGCUCUUUGAGAACUUUGUUCAAGCCCCAACAUUCAAAGGCACACUCCAGGCAUUCCACAUCCUCUGCCGUUAUCUGGACCUUGACCCUUUGGAUCAUCAGAUGUUCUACUCCGUGCUGAAGUCAAAAGUCAACACAUGGAAAGCGAAGGCGCUUUGGAGCAAGCUGGACAAACAUGCCAACCACAAGGAAUACAAGAAGGGCAAAGCCUGCACCAACACACAGUGUUUGAUAAUCGGAGCUGGUCCUUGUGGUCUGCGCACCAGCAUUGAACUGGCUUUCCUGGGCUGCAAAGUGGUGGUGAUAGAGAAGAGGGAGACCUUUGCCAGAAAUAAUGUCUUGCACUUGUGGCCGUACACCAUUCACGACCUGCGUUCUCUGGCUGCGAAGAAAUUUUAUGGCAAGUUCUGUGCAGGAGCAAUAGAUCACAUUAGUAUUCGGCAGCUACAGCUCAUACUGGUUAAAGUAGCAUUAUUACUGGGUGUGGAGAUCCAAGUGAACGUGGAGUUUGUGCAGUUACUGGAGCCCUCCGAGGAUCAGGAAAGCCCAAGACCAGGAUGGCGAGCAGAGGUGCGGCCCAAUGAUCACCCCGUCUCAGACUUUACCUUCGAUGUUAUUAUUGGUGCAGAUGGGCGAAGGAGCAGUUUACAAGGCUUUAGAAGAAAAGAGUUCCGUGGGAAACUGGCCAUCGCCAUCACUGCCAACUUCAUCAACCGAAACACAACAGCCGAGGCAAAAGUCGAGGAAAUUAGCGGCGUCGCUUUCAUCUUCAAUCAGAAAUUCUUCCAGGAUUUGAAGGAGGAAACAGGAAUUGAUCUGGAGAAUAUUGUUUAUUAUAAGGAUAAUACCCAUUACUUUGUAAUGACAGCAAAAAAACAGAGCUUGCUGGACAAAGGAGUGAUUGUCAAUGAUUACGUAGAUACAGAAAUGCUUCUGUGUAGUGAGAACGUCAACCAGGAGGCCCUCUUGUCCUACGCCAGAGAGGCGGCUGACUUUGCCACCAAUUACCAGCUCCCUGCUUUGGACUUUGCAAUGAACCAUAAUGACCAGCCCGAUGUGGCCAUGUUUGACUUUACCUGCAUGUAUGCUUCGGAGAAUGCUGCAUUAAUCCGAGAGAGAUGUGGGUAUCGGCUGUUGGUAGCUCUCGUUGGAGACAGUCUGUUAGAGCCAUUCUGGCCAAUGGGAACUGGUUGUGCCCGUGGAUUCCUGGCAGCUUUAGACACAGCAUGGAUGGUGAAGAGGUGGGCGGAGAACAUACCAUCUCUGGAGAUCUUGGUAGAAAGAGAAAGCAUUUAUCGACUGCUACCUCAAACCACACCAGAAAACAUCAACAAGAACUUUGACCAGUACACGAUUGAUCCAGGGACACGGUACCCCAACCUCAACUCAAACUGUGUCCAAUCUCACCAGGUUCGUGAGCUGUACAUCACAACUGAUCUGAAGAACUGUCCACUAGAAAGAGUGAACUCCAUGCGAAAAUCUAUCAAAGUGUCACGUCGAGAGUCGGAGGUGCGUCCCAAUAGGCUUUUAACCUGGUGCCAGAAGCAAACCGAGAAUUACCAGAAUGUGGCAGUCACUGACUUGACCAGCUCCUGGAAGAAUGGCCUAGCUUUGUGUGCAAUCAUACAUCACUUCUGUCCGCAACUAAUUGAUUUUGAUGCACUGAAUGAAGAGGAUGCUGCCAAAAACAACCAGCUGGCCUUUGAUGUAGCAGAACGUGAGUUUGGGAUCUCUCCAGUCACCACAGGGAAGGAGAUGGCUUCAGUCGGUGAGCCCGACAAGCUCAGCAUGGUCAUGUAUCUCUCCAAGUUCUAUGAGUACUUCCGAGGAAAACCACGCUCGACUUCGUCAACGUUAUUCAGGCAGGAUAGCAACAAAAUGCCUGCACCUCCAGCCAGGCAGUCAAAUUCAAUCUUCAACGGUGUCAACUUGUUGCAAAGGAAACGGACACCAAAGCACGAAAAGAAAAGUGAAGACAGUGAUGCCACGAGUAAGAGGAGAAAAAAAACUGACAUGCUGUCACAAGAGGAGGUGAAUCCCAAAAUGGACGGGAACGAAACAAGACGUGCUGGGAACCAAAACAAAGUGAAGUCAAUGGCCACGCAGUUGUUAGCAAAGUUUGAGGAGAAUGCUCCAAGCUCCUCACUCCGGAGGCAGAUGUCUGUGCCUUCCUGUGUCACAAAACCAUCACUGCCCGUGCCUCCCAAUGGUCACACAAACCCUCGCUUUCUUAAACCCGAGGACCAAGGCAGGGCUGUUCUCUGUUCACGGAAAACGAAGUCUGACCUGGUGGUCAAUGCUGAGCAAGUAAUCAGAGAAGCAAAAUAUAUUAAGAAAGUUGAGAGUCAGGCAGGGGCUUCUAAACGUCUGACUGUAUCUCCUCACUCUGCUUUCGCACUUGCCGGUGUUCUCCAACGUCUUCAACGUUUGGAAGAAAAACUCGACCAGAAGAAAACUCUGAGUCUCGCACAAGGUGACAUCCCCUUUAGCAGGAAGAGUAUAAAGGAGCGAGGAGCACAUCUGACUGCCCUGUUUGGGGGCAGGACUCUCAAGCAACAGAUACGUAGUGUGAAGGCCGCAGCCAUUAACUUGGAAAAGCUGUUUUUAAGCAGUAAGGACCAAUCCAGUAGCCAGAUCAAGACUGAAGCAGAGGUAUCUACACAUGAUGAGUCUCGUGCUGUAGUCUGCCAUUCAAGUGAAAGCAAAUCCUCUCAAUCUCCAAACUCCAGUCAGCACUCUCCCACUCAGAUGACAGUGGGGAAGGUAUCGUCUGUAAUCGGUGCAAUGGCAGAAAUUUUGGUCACGCUUUACCAGACUGAUCACAGGCCAAAAGGAACAGUAACCUCACCUGACUUGGGGUCCCUGCGGAAAGAAUUCCCCCAGAAUCUCGGAGGCAGUGACAUCUGCUACUUCUGCAAAAAGCGUGUUUAUGUCAUGGAGCGACUGAGUGCAGAUGGUAAAUUCUUCCACCGAGAAUGCUUCAAGUGUGACUUCUGCUCGAUCACACUGCGGCUCGGAGCCUAUGCUUUCAGUGUGGAGGAAGGAAAGUUUUACUGCAAACCUCACUUUACUUACUGUAAACUGAAUAACAAGGCAAGGAAGAGGCGGAAUCAUGCAACAAUGUCAACACACAGAAAGAGUGAGACGGUGCCUCUGAAUAAAUUGGAUGGUGAGACUUUGAUGAGUGCCGAAAACUCUUGCAACGUUAGCUCUUCGCCUGACAAGCCCCCAGCAGUUCAUCUGCUCCAAACUGGAUCUAUUGACUGUAAAAGAACUAAAUGUGCAACUGGAGACUGCGACCUGCGUGAAACACUGUCCACUACUGAGAGACAUUCCCCUCAAAAAUCACCAGAUAACCUCCUGGCAAUCCGAGUCACCGUGAAUAGUGACAGCAGCAGUUCUGAAGGUGAGAGAGAGGAGCCUUACUCUGACCCCUCUGACUGUGAAGCGAUGAUCCCCCCUGCCCUGGGAGGCUCCUUACCAGAAGCAGAGGACAAGGAACUGAGACAGAGGCACCACCAGGCACACAGCCAAGAGGAAUCACAGGCCGGUCAAUCCAACCCAAAUUCCAAAGCUCAGGAAGCAUUAAGGCGAGCUCAGAGCUUCAAUGCUCCAAGAAGCAACAGGCAAGAGACAUGGAGGAAGAAAAUGCAGACCAAACUCCCUCAGCUACUGUGGAAAAAGAUUGAACCAGCAAUGAGAGAAACUGCCUUGAACCAAGCGAACUCCACUGAGAGUACAGACCAUGUCACUCAGAUUCCCUCCGUCCGCAGCCCAUCUCAUCUGACAAGAGGGCAUUCAUUACCAAGCAGGUCACCAUGGCAACAAAAAGCUCUCAAGACUUCAAAGCUCUCUGUUAGAGUUUCUCCACCACAGGUAACCAGUAACACAGACAUCCGACCGACAAGCAAACAGUUCCAUCCAGCUCCAACAUCCCGUUCCACCAGGAAAGCCCACAAAUUGUCUAUUUGGUGUAACAGUGGCUCAGAGAAUGAAGGACAAGAGGUUGUGGCUGGUUCAUGCCUCAGAACUAAUAGAAUUGCAAAGGAUGAGAGCACACUCAUUUCAGAAGCCUCUGCCUCAUCAGAUCAAGGGAUUAAACAGACUCCUCAACCAAAGUUUACUGUAACUGAUGCUGGUGGAUUGAGUGAGCCAAUGUUACAAAAGCCUCCUUCCCUGAAUAGGCAAUCAUACCAGCCAGUGAAAAGUUUGGCUCACUCACCAACACAACCAUCGCAGUCAAUGGAUUGGAACUCCUCAGUCACAAGUGAAGGAACUAUGGAGGACUUGCAGGAGACUAAAGAGGCUAAAGUAAUUGAGGAUGCUAUUGGAAAGAUUUAUGGUACGAAUCUUGACACAACGAAACCAAGUGAGCCUAAGUAUGAAUCCUCAGCUUUAGCACAACCAAGCAAUUCAACAAACUCAGAUCAGCACAGCCCGACAAUGGCUUCUCAUCUGGGAGGGGCUUCUUCUCCCGGUGGUAAUACUUCAGGUAAUGAUUCUCCCAAAUCCCCGCUCAGCUUCUUAGUUAAUGCGUUUAAGUCCUUCUCUUAUGGAAAGAGCCCAGUGUCACCAGGCAGUGUGGAAAAGAUGCAUGAUAAGAAACCAAAGUCAAGAUGGGCCAGAUCUUUUCCAAAUCAUCCUUUCCAUGGAUUAUCUCUCAAUAGAUUCCAUCGUUUCACACAAGGAACACCGUUGUCCUCCCAGGAUACUGAAGAACCAAAUUCAAUUCUGCCAAGUUCUCCUCUUCUAAAUGAGCCAAUAGACAUAUCAUCAGUGCCUCCCAACAGACCACAUCACAGAUAUUUACACAAUAUCUCACCAUUGAACAGUGCAAAUGAAGACUUCAGCACAGUGCAAAAGAAGGAAGUUUCAAAUUCUAGAGACAACAUCUCAAUAAACACUGUUGAUUCCAGUCAAAUAAAGCCAGAGUUCAACUCCUACAUCCAAAGGAACAAUGCACUAUUUUCUUCACUGAGACUGGGCAGCACAAAAGCUGAAAGUAAUGAGAAACCAGUCUUGGAGUUGGAUAGUUCUACGGUGACUGGUUCAAAGAAUGACAUUUGGACAAUCUUUACCAGUUUCAAGAAGAAGAACGUUAGGAGGACGGAGAUGAAGGAAUCUCUGUCUAGUGUAUGCACCUCGUCAGAUUCUCCUAAACUCCAGCAUGUUAAAGAAUGUAACAGACACCCAGGCAGCAAGGAUCUCCAAACCUAUACCCAGGUCACUGAAGGCGAAUCUGAGACAACCAGUGAUGCACCAUCUGAAGAGAUGUUCCCAUUAAGGCCACAGGAAAAUCAAAAUGUCAGAAAGAAGAGGAAGAUGCGGAAUGUGGCAUUGCAGCAAAUGAAGCAGGAGGAAGUAAAACGACUCCACAGGGCACAGAUUAUUCAGCGUCAGCUCCAGGAGGUGGAAGAGAAGCAGCGUGUGUUGGAGGAACGUGGUGUGCUGUUGGAGAAAGCUCUACGGGGCGAGUCAGAUCUCAACUCAAAAGAGGAACCUCAACUGAUGCAAAAAUGGUUCAAGCUGGUGAUGGAAAAGAAUGCCUUGGUUCGCUAUGAAGCUGAAAUGAUGAUAUUUGCUCGCGAAUUGGAACUGGAAGAUCAGCAGAGCCGCUUGGAGCAGCUGCUUCAUGAUCGGAUGGCAGUUGACGAAUCCAAGAAGACGGAGAAGGAGAUUGCUGAGGAGAAACAGAUUCUGAAUGAAAUGAUGGAUGUGAUCAAACAGAGAGACAAACUGGUCUUUCUGCUGGAAGAGCAGAGACUCCAAGAGAAGGAAGAGAAUCAAGAUUUAGAAAGUUGGUUGGUGGCCAAGGGUUAUAAAUUCAACUGGUCAUGAACGAAUUGGCUACCAGACUCAGCAAUAGAUUCAAUGGUUUAUAAAUGGACAGUCUACACAAGAACUCUUCACUGGAGUGGAGGAGACACUAGUGAAUGGAGAGUCCAAUUUUUAUCCAAAUUGAACUGGAUAGGAUUCACUGCCUGCUCUUCAUCAAAUCCAGUUUGUUCUCACCUCUCAAUUAGAAAUUACUGAUUACAGAAAGGCCUGGUUAUGUCCUAGCUGGAAAAGUUCAUCCAAUUCUGGAUUUCACACUUUUGCAACGACAUGAAGGCUUUGAAGAGGGGAUGCAGAGGAGUGUUAUUAGAAAAAUACCAGGGAUAUGGACAGCCUGGAGAAACAGAGAUAGUUCUGAGAGCAGAUAAAUUUGUGGGGAGAUAUAAUACAAGUGUUCAGGACUUUUCAAUAAAGUAAUCAAGGAAAAACUCUUUUUACUGCCAUUGCAUGCUGAUGUAAACUAAUUACCAAAAGAACCAGUGGGAAAAAAUAAGACUUACUUUAAUGCAGUGAGUUGUUGUGAUCUGGAAUUUGCUGCCUGUAAGGAUGGAGGAAGUAGAUUCAAUUGAAACUUUCAAAGGGAAUUUGUAAAGUACCAUAUCUGCAAAGGAGAAGAAAAAUUCAGAGCUAUCAGAAACCACAGAGUGAGAGUGGGACUGAUGACAAAAACCUUUUCAAGGAGCUGGCAGAAACAUGAUGGACCAAAUAGUUUCCUUCUUUUCCAUACGAUUUGAUGAUGUUAAUGGAGCUCAGUGAAAAUUGAUCUCAUUAAUCAUUAAGCAGUGUCUGUCCGACAGAAAUACUCACCACUUCGGAAUGAUCCUACUGUGAAUCUCUUUGUUCAUUAAUUAGUGAAGCUGCUUGGGGUAAUAUUCUCAUGUACAAACGUUUUAGGCGAUGUUUUAUACUGGGUUAUUAUAUUUGUAAAUUAUCCUUUACUGUGGUCCAAUGGUUCACUGACCAAAGCUCAGCAUUAAGCUUUUUGCCAAUCACAGCGUAAUGACCUCAAGUUGUCAUUGACAACUUGACCUGUGCGUUUUGUUCAUGGCUACGAUGCAUCAGAUAGGAAUUCCUGUUGAAAGAAUAUAAAAAUGUUUUAACACUAAACUGCACAUGCACUGAAUAUUGACUAUAGUAGGUACAAUCACAAUGUCUAUGUAAUAACCUGUUUUAUUUCAGCAUUACUGUGGAAGAACCUAAGAAAAAAAAUCU